GAGCGACCCUGACACGUCUUCACUCCCCAUGCGAAAUUGUGGCUUGGCCAGAAAGAUAACGCGACUAGCCUGCGAUAUGUCGCCAUCAGUCUGCGAGCCAGAACAGGCGGAUUAGCGGCAUAUCUCGACCAUCUCGGAUCACCUUGUGCAAAGAGCGAGAGCACGACAUUAUCUUUCAACUCUUAUAUCCCAUGCAAUGAUGUGCCGGCUUGACAUAGUACAUUUCUGUGCUCCUCCCUCUCCAUCUGCAUUUCCUUGAGCCAACCCUGCACAGGACCCUUCAGUUGCUCAGCAGCCCCUGCUCUGAACGACAUCCGAGGUCAACACCUCGCUUUGUGACAUGGCUUCAGACACUAUUGAAAAGCCACCGGUACCGGUGGUACUGUCUUCCGCCCGUCCCAGCAAUGAGCUGCAAAACCGGGAAAAGGGCGCCAGCCCUAUCGACCCAGCUCCAUGGACCGAACAAGAGGAGAAAGCCCUGGUCAGAAAGAUUGACGGAAUCGUCUUGUCUCUCUUGAUGAUCUGCUUCUUCGCCUUCCAGCUAGAUCGCGCGAAUGCAGGCAACGCUUUGACCGACAACUUCCUCGGUGACGUCGGUAUCACACAGGAUCAGUUCAACAUCGGCUCCCAGCUGCUCAAUGCGGGUAUCGUGCUUCUCGAGAUCCCUAGCAACAUCAUUCUGUACCGAGUCGGCCCCAAGCUCUGGAUUGGAUGCCAGAUCAUCGCCUGGAGUAUGGUUGCAACUUUCCAGGCAUUCCAGAAGGGCCUCGGCGCGUUUCUUGCCACCAGGCUGCUGCUAGGCCUCCUCGAAUCUGGCUUCAUCCCGGGCAGUCUGUACACGCUAGGCUGCUGGUACAAGAACGGCGAAUUGAGUCGUCGCUUUGCUCUGUUUUUCUUGGGCAAUGGCAUCGCUCAAGCCUGCGGGGGCUUGAUCGCCUACGGAAUCUUGCGGAUGCGAGGACUUGGCGGUCUCGCAGGCUGGCAAUGGUUGUUCCUCCUCGAGGGAAUCUUCACCGUGCUCAGCGGCAUCGCGUUUCUCUGCUUCUUCCCAGGCUUACCGGACAAUCCGGUGUCUCUGCUCCGUAUCUCCUUCUUCACCGAGCGGGAGGCCUUCAUCGCCAAGCAGCGUCUCCUGAGAGAUGAUGCCACCAAGGAGGCCAAGCGUGGAAAGGUGGACAGAACGAGCAUCCGGAGGACGGUUUCCAACGUUCAACUGUGGUUCCACAUUGUCCUCACGAUUGUGGGCUUGGCACCAACGACGGCAUUAUGGUCCUGGGCUCCCACGAUCGUGGCAUCCUUUGGCUACGGCCGGCUCGAGGCCAAUGCGCUCGUGUCGAUCGGGCAAUGGAUUUCUGUCGCUUUGAUCGUGGUUGCUGGCUUUGCGGCGGACAAAACUGGCCGUCGCGGUUUCAUUGUGCUCUUUGGGGUGUUCUGCCAGUGGACUUUCAUGGUCACGUUCCGCUGUCUGCCCGACUCUUCAACGGGCACGCUCAAGUUCUGGAUCCUCACCAUGGGAACAGCAACCUGCAGUUGGUGGCAUUCGGUUAACGGCUCGUGGCUGUCCAUCAAUGCCAGGUCGCCCGAGGAACGAUCAAUUCGCAUGGCUCUCUUCAUCAUGGCUGCCAACUGCGCAGGCAUUGUGGGCGGCCAGCUCUUCCGCUCCGACGAUCUUCCAUUCUACCACCGCGGCUGGAGCAUCAUCGCGGCCUUCAUGUCCCUGGGACUCAUCUGCGUCGGAACCCUGGUGGCCAUGUACCACUUUCUCAACCGCAAGAUCGCCGCCUAUAACCAGGGCCAGGUCAUUGAAGGCGGCUCUCUCCGGGUACACGACAGCAGCAACGACGUCGAGCUCGGUGCGGAUGCAGCCUUGGGUGGUGGUGGCAAGGGAGCCCGGCAGAUCAAGCUGUACAACUACUGACGGGUGGCUGGAUGGGAUCUCAAAUGCGCGGGGCCCGCGGCAGGGGGUUAGAUUCGUUUUAUAUUCAAUGUCGGCAUCGCUGUGGAAGCCGCAGCGUUCCAUAACCCAACGACAGUCAGCAACAUAGAAAGCACACGAAUUUCAAG